AUGUCUGAAUCAAUGAUAAAAUCAGAUUUUUUAUCACAUUCCGAUAAUAUUCUUCCAUUAUUUAAUCCAAGUACAUGUCGUAAAACAUUUCAUGAUUUAAUUCAAGGUAUUUUAAUUGAUGUUAAUUUAUCUGAUUCAUUAAAAAAUCAAUAUGCUUUUAUAUUAAUACGUAUUAUUUAUAGUAAAUUAAGUGAUAAACGUUCAUUAGGUUCAACAACACGUGGUAGAAAAGAUUAUUUAGAAUUAAAUCGUAAAUAUUUAUUUCAAUUUUUAAUAACAUUUGCAUCAAAUAAUUUAUAUGAAAAACAUUUUCAUUAUUUUAUACAAUUAUUAUUAGAACCAUUUUAUGAUGAAUUAUUUCAUACAAAUGAUAAACAAUGGUUAAAUUUAUUUCAUAAGAAAAUUCCAUUAAAUAAUGAUGAAUUUAAUUUAAAUUCUUAUGAAAUAUUUAUUAAAUAUAUUCAACAUUCAUUAUUAUUAUUAAAAACAUUUAUUUAUAAAUUAGGUGUUUAUAUACAUAAACAAAUUGAUUAUAUUAUCAAAUUUUAUAUAUUAACAAUAAAAUUUGUUGAUUAUUUAAAUAAUUUAAAAAGUUCUCAUGAAGAUAAUUUUGAAAUAAAAAGAAUUCGAAUUUUAUUAAAACGUAUUCGUUCAAUGUCUUAUAAAGGUUUACAAACAAUAUUUCAAUUAUUUGAUAAUGAUGAAAAUGAAAUAUUUAAAAAAGAAUUAAUUGAUGAUGUAUGGUUAUGUUGUAUAAGAGAAAAUUAUUUACAUGAUAUAUUAAUUAAAAAUAAACAACGUGAAGAUAUUGUUCAUAUAUUAAAAUUAGCUACUAUUUGGAGUAGUACAUCAUAUUUAAGAUAUUCAAUACUUAAUGAUAGAAAUGAUGCUAAAGAUUUAAUGAAAUGUUUUAGUCAACUUUUAAAUGAAAAUGUUACCAAUGAAAAUAGACAAUUGAUUAUUGAAUUUAUUUGGAAUAUUAUGCAAAUUGAUUGUAUGUGA